UGGCUGCAGCGGCCAGAGAGCAGGAAAGAGAUAGAAGGGAACAUCUCAUUUUCAUGCUUGGGGAAAAGCCGGAGCCUGUGUGGUUGCUUCCUCCCCACAUCCGAAACUCUUCAGAGAGGAUUGGAAGAACUGUGGACCAUCCCUGUUGAAUCAGGAAGGAAAGAAGGAAGAAUCUGAAAUACAAAGCAGCAACCAAGGCUGGCAUGGACUCCAGUGUCUCCGCUGAGAUGCAGCAGGCCAGACUGAUGGAGGGGGACGGCACCCAGAGAGAGGAACCUGAGGGAGACGGAGCUUGUGAUGCACAACACUCCGAUUUCAGCAACAUGAUGGCAGAGCAUAGCCAUGUGCAGAAUCGGCAGGAUUUACAAAAUGGUAGCGUAGAGGAAGGCUUUGUGGUGCAUUCUCUUGAGAACGACCCCCAAAACGUGAUGGAGAACCUGGGCCCGAAGAAGUAUUCUUCCAGUCUGAGGUUCAAAGCCAACGGGGACUAUUCUGGCUCCUAUCUGACCCUCUCGCAACCUGUGCCUACCAAGAGGAGCCCUUCUCCUCUGGGCACUGGCGUCAGAAGCAGCCCCUCCUUGGCCAAAAUCCAAGGAAGCAAGCAGCUCUCCUGUGAUGGAACUGACAAAAGUAUGUCCAUGAAACCUCCCACACCUCUACUCAGCACCACCCCCAGUGGAUACCUCUUGGGGAGAGCUGACUUUGAUCAUUAUACUGGCCGGGACAGCGAAAAGUCCUUGAGGCUCUCUGAGAAGCCUCCCUAUUGCAAGUACAGCUCAAGGAAUAAAUCACAUGACAACGUGUACUUUCUCGGAGGGCUGGAAGGCAGGAAGGCAUCUGGCUCGCUCCUGGCCAUGUGGAGUGCAGGCGCCCUGGGUGACACUGGCCCCUCUCCUGUCAGCAGAUCGGGGGCAGCAAGCAUGCCUUCGAGCCCAAAGCAAGCCAGGAGGAUGAACAUGCAAGACAACCUGACGCUGCAGCCCAGGUCAAGCAGACACAGGGAGCUGGCGUCGGAAAACACCAGUGGAAGAACCAGGAAGUAUUCGGGCAGCAGCCUCAGUCACAUGGGAGCCUACAGCCGCUCGCUUCCCAGGUUGUACAAAGCCACAGAGAAUCAGCUGACGCCUCUCAGCUUGCCUCCAAGAAACUCCCUGGGCAAUUCCAAACGAACAAAACUGGGGGAAAAGGAUCUACCUCAUAGCCUUGUGGACAACGACAAUUACCUGAAUUUUUCCUCUUUAAGCUCAGGAGCUCUACCCUAUAAGACCUCUGCCUCUGAGGGCAAUCCCUAUGUCAGCUCCACCCUCAGCGUCCCUGCCAGUCCCCGCGUGGCUCGCAAGAUGCUUCUGGCCUCCACCUCGUCCUGCGCCUCCGAUGACCUUGACAGGGCCCCGUACCCGGGGAGCAGUCCCAACCACUCGUUUCCUCCUGGGGAGCCGGACAGACUGUUUGUGGCCAGGAGGAACUUCUCUUGUGGAUCUGUGGAGUUGGAUGAUGCUGAUUUGGACAGCCUCAGACAGGCCUCAGGAACCCCCCAGCCCGCCCUUCGGGAACGGAAGAGCAGCAUCAGCUCCAUUUCAGGGCGCGACGACCUCAUGGACUAUCACCGGCGGCAGCGGGAGGAAAGACUCAGGGAGCAGGAGAUGGAACGACUGGAGAGACAGCGUCUGGAGACGAUCCUCAGCCUCUGUGCUGAGUACACAAAGCCCGACAGUCGCUUGUCCAGUGGCACCACCGUGGCGGACGUGCAGAAAAUCAACAAGGAGCUUGACAAGCUGCAGCUCUCCGAUGAGGAAUCCGUGUUUGAGGAAGCCCUGGCGAGCUCUGAUUCCAGAUACAGGUGCCACCGGAAGGGCUCGCUCCACGAUGCGGACUUGGCUGGCUUCGGGAGCCUGGGUCAGAGUGGUGGCAGCUUCCUUGCUCCCAGGAGCAUCAGGAACGAGGAACUGCUCCGUGACCUCACCAGGACGCCCCCACCACCACCCUCUGCCUUUCUGAAAGCUUCCAGCGAGUCCUCUUACCUAAGCAUCCUGCCGAAGACCCCAGAGGGUGUAAGUGAAGAGCAGAGGGCUCAGGAGCUGGCUGCCAUGGAAGAUGCCCGGAUAGUAAUUCUGAACAACCUGGAGGAGCUUGAACAAAAAAUCAAAGAUAUAAAUGACCAGAUGGACGAAUCUUCCAGAGAGUUGGAUAUGGAAUGUGCUCUUUUGGAUGGAGAACAGAAAUCUGAAACAACCGAACUUAUGAAGGAGAAGGAGAUUUUGGAUCAUCUAAACCGGAAGAUCGCCGAACUGGAAAAGAACAUUGUUGGUGAAAAGACCAAGGAGAAGGUAAAGCUUGAUGCUGAAAGGGAAAAACUAGAGAGGCUUCAGGAGCUUUACUCCGAGCAGAAGACCCAGCUGGACAAUUGUCCUGAGUCCAUGAGGGAACAAUUACAGCAACAACUGAAGAGGGACGCAGACCUACUGGAUGUUGAAAGCAAACACUUUGAAGACCUGGAAUUCCAGCAGCUGGAACAUGAGAGCCGACUGGAUGAGGAAAAGGAGAACUUGACCCAACAGCUCCUCCGUGAAGUGGCUGAAUAUCAGCGGAACAUUGUUACUAGGAAGGAAAAAAUUUCUGCAUUGAAAAAGCAAGCCAAUCACAUUGUCCAGCAGGCUCAGAGAGAACAAGAUCAUUUUGUGAAAGAAAAGAAUAAUUUAAUAAUGAUGCUACAAAGAGAAAAGGAGAAUCUUUGUAAUUUGGAAAAGAAAUACUCCAGCCUGUCUGGGGGGAAAGGGUUCCCUGUUAACCCUAGUACUCUAAAAGAGGGCUAUAUCACUGUAAAUGAAAUUAAUGAGCCAUGUGGCAAUUCCACGACUCUGUCCCCUUCCACUCAGUUCCCUGCUGAUGCUGAUGCUGAUGCUGUUGCCACUGAGCCUGCCACGGCUGUGCUGGCGAGCCAGCCACGGAGUAAAGAGCACUUUAGAAGUCUGGAAGAAAGGAAAAAACAGCAUAAAGAAGGCCUCUAUCUGAGUGACACUUUGCCUCGAAAGAAAACCACACCUUCCAUCUCCCCACAUUUCAGCAGUGCUACAAUGGGGAGAUGCACCACCCCAAAGGCUCACCUGCCCCUGGGACAGAGCAACAGCUGUGGCAGUGUGCUUCCUCACUCACUGGCUACCAUGACCAAAGACUCUGAAUCUCGGAGGAUGCUCAGAGGAAGAAUGAAUUCCUCAGCAGGAGCAAUUACUAAUUCCAAAAGUUCAAGUAUCAAAGGUUAUAAUCACCAACAGAUGAGCGAAGGACAAAGGCAAAAAUCCUCUGAAUUUUACAACCGCACAGCAUCUGAAUCAAAUGUCUACUUGAAUAGCUUCCAUUACCCGGAUCACAGCUACAAGGACCAAGCUUUUGAUACUUUGAGCCUAGACAGCUCAGAUAGCAUGGAGACCAGCAUCUCGGCCUGCUCACCUGACAAUAUUUCAAGUGCCAGCACUUCAAAUAUUGCCAGAAUAGAAGAAAUGGAGAGACUGUUGAAGCAGGCUCACGCAGAAAAAACAAGGCUGCUUGAAUCCCGGGAACGGGAAAUGGAAGCCAAAAAACGAGCUCUGGAAGAAGAAAAACGGCGCAGAGAACUCCUGGAAAAACGGCUGCAGGAGGAAACCAGCCAGAGACAGAAGUUAAUAGAAAAGGAAGUGAAAAUAAGAGAGAAACAAAGAGCACAGGCUCGUCCUCUGACACGUUAUCUGCCUGUCCGGAAGGAAGACUUCGAUUUGCGGAGCCACGUGGAGACUGCUGGCCACAAUAUUGACACCUGUUACCAUGUGUCCAUCACAGAGAAGACCUGCCGAGGAUUCCUCAUCAAAAUGGGUGGGAAAAUUAAAACCUGGAAAAAACGCUGGUUUGUUUUUGACCGAAACAAGCGAACAUUCUCUUACUAUGCAGAUAAACAUGAAGCUAAAUUAAAAGGAGUAAUAUACUUUCAAGCCAUUGAAGAAGUGUAUUAUGACCACCUUAAGAAUGCAAAUAAGAGUCCCAAUCCAUUACUUACCUUCAGCGUCAAGACACAUGACAGAAUCUACUAUAUGGUGGCCCCAUCACCAGAAGCUAUGCGGAUCUGGAUGGAUGUAAUAGUUACUGGGGCAGAAGGUUACACUCACUUCUUGUUAUAGUGAGCAGAGGAAGAAUCCAGUUCAGGGCACACUGCAAUAAUCUCUUACAAGAAUGAAGCCAUAUUCAAUCCCAGAUGGAAAGACCCAACAGACUCAUCCUUUUAACUUGUACACACUCAGAGAAACCCAACAGACCCAUCCCUUUAACUGUAUACACUCAGAGUUCCUUUCAUAUUAACGAGAAGUCAUUUUUUUUAAAAGGAAAAGGGGUUUUAAUUCAAAGCUUAAUCAUGAAUAGCAAAAGAAUUGAAGCUCCUAUGAGAAACACUAUUUUGAUAAAUAGUAUCACUUAAAGGAAACUUUCUUACAAACUAUUUUUUUAAAAUCAGCUGUUGGUUUUGGUGGAAUAAACAGUUUACAAAAUGUCUGUAUGUAUGUUCUUGGAAAUAUGGAAUUAUUUUAGCACCCAAAUAAUUGGCAUUGACAUUAUUGGUAAUCAACAGGUUUUUUAUUAAGUAACAUUUUAUAAAAAUAAGCAAAUAAGGGCUUGGAGGGGAAUAUGUUUGGGGAGGUUUGCCUUUUUUUUUAAGUCCUACACCAAAACCAAAGACUUGGCAUGAAUUCUGUUUAUCAGUUGUAGUUUCAAAGUGAUGAACUGCAUUUAGUGUUAUUCUGUAUAAUGCCACCAAGUGCCCAGGAAAUUGACUUUGCAGUGUGACCACAGCUUAAGCUACUAUAUAUAUCUAAAACUACUUUAUGUAAAAGAAGAAACAAAAAGCUGUGCUUUUCAGAAAAGCCAUCUUUGACAGCAGACAUUUUGUUACAUUGGGCAAUUAGGAGUCAGGAGUUUGUUUUGCUAAAGAUUACUCCAUUCUGGGUGCUGAGAAUAAAGGCACCCUGUAGUUCAUUUCUUUUCAGUUGUCUGAUUUCUCUUUGUUAUGGAGCACACUAGCUAAUUGCACUGUCACAUGACAUAAUUAUAAUAUCAUAGCUCCAUUUUCACCAAAGAACAGACCAAUUAAAAUACUUAUUUGUAGAAGUGGUAUAGUUCUAUAGAAAGGCAAAUGAAAUUCAACUUCAUAUUGUCUGAAAUGUACUAUUUUUAUUAUGUGUUUCUUUACAAUUUGCCUUUGUUUUUUAGAGUUAAAUUAAUUUUUGUUGAAUGAAAUGACUUCAGGCAAGUCUGUUUAUAAAUGGUUUUUCAAAUGCAUUUAUUUUAGUUUUUCAUGUUCUGUGCGUUUUAAGUAUGAAUGUAUUCUUUCUUAGAUAAAUGAAUAGAAGUAGAAAAUGAUGAUGUCACUUACUAGCACAAGAUGAAAUGAUAGGAUUAGAAGCGUCUAUAAAACUUUUUCAGACCUAAUUUGGGUACAUUGUUAAAAUUUGCAAUGUGGUUUGUAUACAUGUGUACAUGUUGCCAAUAAUAAGAUUUUUCAACUGGAUGAUACAAGGUUUUACUUGAACAAUAAUGGACAAAAAUCAUGAUUUUUGAAGACAUUUUUAAAAUCUAAUUUUGCAGAGAUCACCCUUAAACUCUGUAAUGGUCUAAAAGAAUGAAAUAUAAUUUCUAAGAUUUUUGGUAAUGUAAAGAUAAAACUUUCUUGUACUGUAUUUUCUUCAUAGGAUUGUAAAAGUAGCCUAAUCAGCUUGCAUGAUGUAGUCAACCUUCUAAGUAUGUGUGUUAAAUAUAUUGCGUUUGGAUUAAAAUGUUGACCUGAUUUCACAUUUGAAAAUAAACUCUUUCAUUUGAAAGUUACCUGACUAUAACAUGAUGGAGAAUGGAUUAAUCAGCCAAAGUUAGUUGUAGAAUCCACAUAAAGGUUGUUGUGUGCUGA